GAGGAAACUCGGCAAAACAUUGACGAGCUCUCCUAGCAUAUGGAGGAGACUAAGACACUACAGUAUCUUCUUGUCUGCACCGAUUCCAGAGCCAACAUUCCGUCCUGUCCCGGAAGUUUGUGGAGGUGAUGACCAAAUACAACGAGGCUCAGGUGGACUUCCGUGAACGCAGUAAAGGGCGAAUCCAGCGGCAGCUCGAAAUCACUGGCAAAAAGACUACAGAUGAGGAGCUGGAGGAGAUGCUGGAGAGUGGGAAACCUGCCAUCUUCAUUUCUGGGUUGAAUAUCAUUGACUCUCAGAUUUCCAAGCAAGCCCUCAGUGAGAUCGAGGGGCGGCACAAGGACAUUGUGAGGCUGGAGAGCAGCAUCAAGGAGCUUCAUGACGUGUUUAUGGACAUCGCCAUGCUGGUGGAGAAUCAGGGUGAGAUGCUAGAUAACAUAGAGCUGAAUGUCAUGCACACAGUGGACCAUGUGGAGAAGGCACGGGAAGAAAUGAAAAGAGCCAUGAAGUACCAGGGUCAGGCCUGGAAGAAAUUGAUAAUUAUCAUUGUGGUAGUAGUGGUGUUGCUGGGCAUUUUAGCAUUGAUUAUGAGACUUUCCGUUGGGCUAAGUAACUGCGGCCCGAGUGGUUGCUGCGCUGAAAUUAAGUAAAUGGAAGGUUCUCAGGGACUCUGGAUUGGCUCCCUCUUGAGAAACAGACCUGGGAUUUCACAUGGCAGUGCUCCAUCCUUG